AUGUCGUUACUUCUCUGGACAGUUUCGCCAGAGUUGAUUCAAACUCUUGGAAGCAAAAAGACGGUCAAGGAAGCAUGGGACACAUUAAUAAUCAUGCGGGCUGAAGUUGAACUUGUCCAAGAAUCCAAAGUGCAAACACGAUGGACGGAGUUUGAAAACCUCACAUUUAAAGACGACAAAGGGGUGGAGGCUUUCAACAUUCGACUUGCGGUGAUCGUCAACGAGCUCGAGGUGUUGGACGAUCCAAUGUCCGAGCACAAGGUAGUGCUCAAAUUCUUUCAAGAGGAAUGGCGGUCUCGGAAACGACAACGUGAGCAACGCAAAGACACAUUCAACAUCGGUAACAAGAAAGGUGAAAACAGUGAACAAAAAAACGAAAGUUAUAAGUACUGUGGCAUCCCUGGUCAUUGGGCUAAUGAGUGUCGUAAGGCGAAGCGAGAUUGGGAGCAGCAAGAGCAAUCGAAUCUUGCAAAAGAAAAUUCCAAGGAAGAUGAAAGUUUGAUGCUACUGAUGACACAGAUUUGUACCACACCAACAGCCGACAACGACAUACAAGAGGUAUUUUUAAAUGAAGAAAAGGUUGUACCUAGGGAUACCACUAACAAUGUGUGGUACCUGGACACCGGAGCUAGUAGUCACAUAACGGGUGACAAGAAGAUGUUCACAAUGCUUGACAAAACUGUAAAGGGUAAAGUACGGUUCAUCGACAAUUAUGUGGUAAAUAUAUGCGAAAAGGGCAUGGUGAUGAUUGAAUGUGUCAUUGGCGACCAUCAUAUUAUAUUUGAUGUGUUCUAUAUCCCAAGCCUAAAUAGUAAUCUCCUCUCACUUGGUCAACUUGACGAAAAUGGUUGCAAGAUCGUCAUCGAAAAUGGGGUACUUUGCAUCUCUGAUCACUCAUGCAAAAUAAUCGCUCGGGUUUAG